UAUUAUUUGACAACAAAAUAAGCACACAAAGUACUCUCACUAUAAUUAUAAUUUAUAUUAUUGUUCUUUAUCUUUUUAUAACUUAAAAUACUUGUUUUAUAAGUACCAAAAAUGUCGAUGCGUAACGUAGAAAUAAAAGCUAGAGUCCACGACUUCGAUGCAAUAUGCAAAAUUGCUGAAGAACUUAGCGGCGCACCACCGACUGUUAUCCAUCAAAAUGAUACUUUUUAUAACGUAAACACAGGACGUCUGAAACUGAGGAUGUAUGCUGAUGGAUCAGCUACUCUGGUGAGGUAUGAUCGUGAUGAUGAACAGGGGCCGAAGUUAAGCAAUUACGAUCUUCUGGACUUCUCAGUGAACGAAAGUGAUAAAAUUAAAACUCUAGAUAAGAUGAUGAAACAAUGUCUGGGAGUUCGUGGAAAAGUUAUUAAAGAACGGAGAUUAUACAUGGUCGAUCAAACCCGCAUACAUAUAGAUAAAGUCGAAGAUCUCGGCAGUUUCAUGGAACUAGAAGUGGUGCUUCAUCCUGAACAGACAUUGAUAGACGGUCAGGCCAUCGCAAGGGACUUGCAAGACAAGCUCCGAGUUAAAGAUGAAGAUUUAAUAAAUUGUGCCUAUGUUGAUUUAUUUGAUAAGAAAUAAUAUUUCAGUUGUGUUAUAUUCAACAUUUUGUUGGUAUAGCUUUGUUAAAAUUAUUCAAAUAAUUACAAUAUUAAAGUACACAAUUUUAAAGUACACAAUAAAAUUAUUUAAAUAUGAGAUAUAUUGGUA